AUGGCUCGUGACCGGGAGCAGUUCGGCCAGGGCACCUUGUUUGGCGGCGCCAACACUUUCGGCGCAGGUCUUAGCGCAGGUGCUGGUGCUGGUCUUGGCGCAGGCGCAGGCCUUGGCGCCGUCGGAGGGGCUGGUGGUCUUGGGCAAGUCGGCGGCGCCGGUGGUGGUGGUGGUGUCGGUGGCUUUGGUCAGCUCGGCGGAGGAGGGUUUGGAAACGGCGGUCCGCUCGGCGGUCGAUUCGGAGCUGCAGACAACGGUGCCGCACCGGGACUGGCCGCUGGCACGACUACGAACGGUUUUAUUAGUGGGGCUGGAGCUGCCGGCGCUGGGGGAAUGGGAGGCGUCGCGGGUCCGGGCAAUGGCGGACUGAGCAGCGGUGGUCCGGUGACGCCCGCCCCGACGACACCGGGCGGUGCGGCCUGUAUGAACGGCAGCACUCUCGCACAAGGCCCACGCGGGCUGGGCCGCAUGAGUCCCGCCAUGGCUCGUGACCGGGAGCAGUUCGGCCAGGGCACCUUGUUUGGCGGCGCCAACACUUUCGGCGCAGGUCUUAGCGCAGGUGCUGGUGCUGGUCUUGGCGCAGGCGCAGGCCUUGGCGCCGUCGGAGGGGCUGGUGGUCUUGGGCAAGUCGGCGGCGCCGGUGGUGGUGGUGGUGUCGGUGGCUUUGGUCAGCUCGGCGGAGGAGGGUUUGGAAACGGCGGUCCGCUCGGCGGUCGAUUCGGAGCUGCAGACAACGGUGCCGCACCGGGACUGGCCGCUGGCACGACUACGAACGGUUUUAUUAGUGGGGCUGGAGCUGCCGGCGCUGGGGGAAUGGGAGGCGUCGCGGGUCCGGGCAAUGGCGGACUGAGCAGCGGUGGUCCGGUGACGCCCGCCCCGACGACACUGGGCGCCUGUAUGAACGGCAGCACUCUCGCACAAGGCCCACGCGGGCUGGGCCGUAUGAGUCCCGCCAUGGCUCGUGACCGGGAGCAGUUCGGCCAGGGCACCUUGUUUGGCGGCGCCAACACUUUCGGCGCAGGUCUUAGCGCAGGUGCUGGUGCUGGUCUUGGCGCAGGCGCAGGCCUUGGCGCCGUCGGAGGGGCUGGUGGUCUUGGGCAAGUCGGCGGCGCCGGUGGUGGUGGUGGUGUCGGUGGCUUUGGUCAGCUCGGCGGAGGAGGGUUUGGAAACGGCGGUCCGCUCGGCGGUCGAUUCGGAGCUGCAGACAACGGUGCCGCACCGGGACUGGCCGCUGGCACGACUACGAACGGUUUUAUUAGUGGGGCUGGAGCUGCCGGCGCUGGGGGAAUGGGAGGCGUCGCGGGUCCGGGCAAUGGCGGACUGAGCAGCGGUGGUCCGGUGACGCCCGCCCCGACGACACCGGGCGGUGCGGUUUGA